AUGUCAAGUGGGUAUUCACAUAAAGAGAAUAACCUUUCAAAUAUCGAACGAAAAAUCCUCAAAAACACCUUUUACCACAACGCAAACGAUCUCCACUACAAAGAAGAAUCAAUGAGCAACCGCUCUCAGUUCAGUUGCUCAGGGAAAUUUCAAACCUCGAUAUCUCGUCCUAGCAUGGAGAUUUCAAGAGCGAUAUCUCAAGAUUCAUUUCGAACAAUCGAGCAACUUUUUUCAAUUGGGCUCCAAGAAAUUGACUUAAGUCGUUUAAGCUUUCAGGACGAAAACGACGUCGCUUUAAGACUUCAAGAAGUUAUAAGGAAAGCGGCUCCUGGAGCAAUAAUCACUUUGCCUCCCCAAAACAUCACCUUAAAUGGACUUUUGAUUACAUCCCCGAUAACCAUCAAAGGAACGCCUGGCUGCACCUUGGAAAUAGCGAACGGGUCAAUUGUAGUUGAUUUCAGCAGUCACUCGAAAGAGAGCAUGAUUGGAUCAAUAUCAGAAUCAGCGCUGAUGUGUGAGCUUUCUAUUAUUUUUAACCUCACUGGGGGUGCUGCUAAGUCCAGCACGUCUCCGCCAGCACUCUUUAUUAUGGACUCACCAAAUACAAGUAUAGAAGUACGCGACUGUGAUAUUCGAAGCAUCAAUCAUGAAGAAAAAGAGAUGGUUUCUACAGUAGAGGACUCUUCAGAAGAGCUGCAAGAUGUUUGCUUUUGAGCAAAUGGAAUUUCUUUCAAGAGACACGCAACAAGGAUUGAUUUGAGAUAUAACAGUUCUCUUGUCAUAAAAUCGUGCAAUAUCAGCAACUUCCAUGAGAUUAUCAAAGGAGGUAUAAACUCCUCAAUUCAUAUUGAAAAAACUCAUAUAAACAACUGUAUUGGAAAUGGAGUCAGUAUAUUAAACCCUACCAAUUUUCAACUAUUAGAAAGCGUCAUUCAAAAUUGUCAAAAAACCUCAGUCGAAAUUAGGAUAAUUCCAAAUUCAAGUUUUGGAAAACCCAGCUCACGGUCUGGCUCUUUGACGAAUUCAAGAGAAAUCCAAUCAAGGACGAUUAGAAUUGAAGGAAAUGACAUAAAAAACUCUGGAGCUUAUGGAGUCAGCAUUUGAAGCGAGCAUGUCUGCCAUUUUCCAUCUAUUGUGAAUAUAAUAAAAAAUAAAAUCGAGCAGUCUGCUAAAGAAGCUUUAGCUGUGCGCCAUUUAGCGCUCCAAGACCUCUAUGUUUUGUCUAAUGAUUUUAAUUGAAGCCAAGGAAGCGGCUUGUGGCUGCAAAAAGUAUACAAAUUGACCCCAGAUUCCCGAAUCAUGGUUACACUUAAUCGAUGCUAUGAUUCCUGUGGAGGCUAUGGAGUAUAUUUGUAUGACGCUGGAGGAGUUUUCGAUAACAAUGAACUGUAUAGAAACAGCUUAGGAGGGGUAAUGGUGGUAGGUAGCUCCAAUAAAGAAGCAGAAAUUGAAACAAGCCUUGAAAUAAAAAAAUGCAAAAUAUACAGCAAUGGGGAAAAUGGAGUCACUGUCCUCGAUUUCUACCAGGGAAGCAUCACAAUUGACCAAUGCAAGAUUACAGAAAAUUAUCAUAACGGAGUAUAUUUAAUGCAGUCAAGAGAGCCCACUUCUUAUGUGAAAGGAAAAGAUCAAAUAGCUCCAGAAAACCUUAGAGGGACAGUCAUUCUUUCUAAUAGUGAUAUCUCUAUCAAUAAAGCAUAUGGAAUCACCGUUGCGAAAUUCAGAGUGGUCAUAGAGAAAACUCUCAUCGUUGAUAACACACAGGGAGCUAUGCUAAUAGGCGAAGGAUCUAGAGACCUGGUUACCUUCUUAGAUGACCCUGAAGAAAUGAAACAUAAUAUCAGCGGAAAUGUAGAAGGUCCUACUAAGGUCUUUAUCCAAGGAGGAAGAAAUAUUUGUGGGAAAGGAAACCUGAAAUGCAUGAUUUAUUAA